CUCACCUCACACGCCAGGAGGCUGGACCGCUAGAAACAACCAACUCUGCUUCCCCGAUGCGGUGACCUUAUCUGAUUGACACGUAUGCUGGAGCAAUCGCACACGCACUUCCUUGUUUUUGACCACCAAUCCAUUGCCUUGAAUUCGUACACAUAAUAUAAGGCGCACUCAUGGUAGGUUGAGCCGACUGAGGUCUAUAGCAAUUUGACAGCUUCACAGGUGAGACAACCGUCCAGAGGCUGUUUCACUUUAUAUUUCAGUUUUCCCGGAGCACUAUUCACUGUGAGCCUGGGGUUCUCACAGUCAAAAAGCAACCAUUCGAAAUCUAAUCAUUCCGGCAGCAUGAGCAAAAAGAAAAAGGACUGGAAGACUGAAAAAGACAGACUGCUUCGUCUAAGCUCAGAGGAGAGACGCAUGGAGUAUCGUCGGCAGGAUUACAUAUUUGUGAACAAGAUUCCAACCUGGAGAGAUGAAAGUAGAUCAAAUGACAAAGAAGAAGGGGAACACAUGCCCACUGGUGAAGGACUGAGUGAUAAAGUAUCUCUGUACAAAGGCGAUAUUACGGUCUUGGAGGUGGAUGCCAUAGUCAAUGCUGCAAACUCCAGUCUUCUGGGAGGAGGGGGAGUUGAUGGCUGCAUACACAAAGCAGCAGGGCCCUGUCUGUAUGAUGAGUGCCACUCACUAAAUGGCUGUGAUACCGGCAAAGCCAAGAUUACCUGCGGCUAUGAUCUCCCUGCAAAAUAUGUGAUCCACACCGUGGGCCCCGUGGCCAGAGGUCAUGCAGGCCCUACCGAGAUCAGUGACCUCACCUCCUGCUACCAGAACUGCCUCAGGCUGAUGAAGGAGCAUCGCUUGAGCACUGUGGCCUUCCCAUGUAUAUCCACAGGCAUCUAUGGUUUUCCUAAUGAGCCUGCAGCUGAGAUUGCUCUGAAAACAGUGAAGAGCUGGAUCGAAGAAAAUCCUGAUACGAUCACACGGGUCAUUUUCUGCGUCUUCCUUGAGACCGACUUUGCCAUCUACAAGAAGAAAAUGUCUGCCAUUUUCCAAGACAACGACACGGAGGUUGCAGAGGAGCAGCUGAAGGAAGAUAACACACCACCAUGCUCAGAAUCCACAGCCAAUGAAGAAAGUGGAGAUAGCAACAGAGGUAAAGAGGAAACAGGUGAAGAAGAAGAAGAGGGCAACAAUGAUCCUGCGGAAAAUGAUAUGGAGAGUCUAAACCCAGAAAAUUCAGAAAAUGAGCCAAAUCAAGAAAGGGAUCCAAGUAAAAAUGAAAACCAAGAUAAUGAGGAAGAUGCAGACAUGAACAACAAACCUGAAGAUGAAGGCGUCGACAGUAAUACAAAUAAAGAUGCAGACAAAGCAGAGAAAGAGCAACCCAGGACAGAAGAUGAUGUCAAGAUAGAAGAUGAAUGUGAGGUCAACAACACUGGCACCAGCAAUGAAGUGGAGAUGAAAGAUCCUGUUGAGAGCUAAGAAGAACCUGAUUCAAUUCCAACUGUCAGCAUUCAGUCCAAAGACACUGGUGAGAAGAAAGAAUGACCAGCUGAGGGAAGGACAAUCAACCUCAUCUGACAGCCAACAAACUGUGCGAAGGCCAACCACACCGGUGUCAGACCGCCCCAUGGCAGUAUGGGCUCUGACACUGGCCCAGGACAACCAGUUACUCACAAGAUGCUCACAUUCCCAAUUUUAUUUAGCCUUUCCCCUCUUUGUUAAGAAAUUACUCAUCCCUGAAGUAUAUAUGUACUGUAUGUAUAUGUAUGUAAGUAUGUAUGUACAAAACCUUGCUAUAGGAGUUGAACAUAUCAAAUCAGAAAAGAUGAGCCAUACCUCAAUGUGUGUUAGUCAUAUCAUUUUGCCAACUGGGUGCAAUGAGAUAAACCAGGUUCAAGUCUCUAUAUAUGAUCUAUACCCACUGUGAGAGCUACAGCCAUAGCUCCUACAUGCUGACACUGCAGGCUGGGGGAUGCUUAACAACCACCCCUUAGUUCUUACAACUCAAAUACCACCACCCCAGUCAUGAUGACAUCCAACAGCAGAACACCUUAGAACACCCUGCAUUUCUAAGCCUCUAAAAGUGCAGCACACCAACACCGGCCAUGUCUCUUCACAAACUACUGCAGCUUAAGCUCCACUAUUUAGUCAAAUCAGCCAAUGCCUUGUUUCAGACCACUGUCUUUAAGGCUGUGUAACACCCCCACCCCCAGCCUUUCCUCUCUGAACAUCAGUGUCUGAUCUCCAACGCUGCCAUAACUGCAGCUUAACACAUUUUACCAGGAAACUGUUCAUCAACAAAAGGAUGAGUGUCUUUUAACAAAUAGAUUAGUCCCUCCACCACCCCCACCCCUUCUUUGCAGUUUCUAAUGCAUGUCAGAAAUUUGCUUUGAACCUCAAACAGGAAUUACAAUUCUCUUCGCUUUCGCUCGUCUCCUUACCAGAUUGUCUAAAAUUGUAUUUAAAAGAAUCUGCCUUAUUUCAUAUCAAACUACAAAAUCACAAUCACACCUAAGAAGGUGGUCUGGGUAUGAAUUCUUGGUUAUGUAUUUGCUUGCAAGUUAUUUGUAAUUUUCAGUACAUCAUGGUAAUGGCUUAUACCUGUUACUUUAUUUCCUUGCGGUUUGUUUUAAAAAUGGUUUUGGUUUCCCCGUUGGUAUGAUUCAUGAAUUCUUUUCAGUGAUGCCAUACUGAAGAUCGUAUCACACUUCUAUGAAAUGAUGCCUUCAUACAUUGUUUGCUUUGCUAGACUAUAAAAGAAACUAAUAAAGUUUAAGGUGGGAGCCAUGUCUCAGCUUUUGAUGUACCUG